AUGCUCAGCAUCUUGUGCAUCUUCUUACUCGCAGAAACAAGCGCAAGAGAGAGCCGCAAAAUCGACACUGAUGCUAUCUGCAGCCAUGACGACGGCAAUGUCAGUCUUACGAUUGACAACGAGAUAGACGAGGUCUGCCAGGGGCGAACGCCAUCUACUGAUUACAACUUGGCCGUCUUUGCCAUUUCUGACGAUGCAACAGGCUGCUACUACCAUCAGGAGCGCUUUCUCAGACCGGCUCUGGAUCGUGUGGUCAAAACAAUUGAAGAAGAUUUUGGCUUCAAGUUUAACUAUGAUUUCAUGUUUGACGAGUGCCAGUCCUCGAUUGCUCUUAAUUCGAUGGUCAACGAUCGGUACAACGACUCGACGCCUUGUUACGAUGCUUACGUGGGACUUACAUGCGACAAUGCCUAUAAUCCAGCAGCGCCGAUUUUUAAGUCCUGGCGUGUCCCCGUCUUUGCCCCUUUCGUGCGAAACAAGUCCUACCAGAACAAAGACAACUCUACAGACAGUACGUAUACUGUGCGAACUGGUCUCACCUCAGGGAUCGUGACGAACUUCCUCGCAGAACUGUUCAACUACAACAACCGUCUACUGGAAAACGCCGGAACGCCGCGCUGGAACAAUAUGACCGUGAUUUACGCGGGCAAAAACACGGGCAAGCACGGAAUGCCUUACGACUUCCAGUUCGCCUCGGACUGCAACAUGCUGUUGAAUGCAAUUAGGGAUAUUACAGACAGGACAAACAUGACGUUUUACAUCGAGGAACCGACUUUAGACGUGCUGGUUGAGGAAAGCGAAGAUUUCCUUCGAAAGCUGCACGAUAAGAGCCGAGCACAGCUCUGGUGCGUAGAGCCGGAAGUGUUCACCUCGGCGAUGACGGAUUUUGUGGCGAUUAAAGAGUUCGCGCGUGAGUUCCCCGAUGAUUGGGCCAUCUUUUACUGGGAUCCAUAUGUUUCCUACAUCGACAAAAGUUUCCUCUUGAACGAGGAGCCCUUGUUGACGACCGGCGUACGCGAAGCUGUCAAGAAAGAGUUUUACUUAAACAUUUACAAACGACACAUGCUCUACGUCUAA